AUGGCAGUGGGCUACCCGCCACCCUACCCUGUGCACACAGGCUCCCCCUCACCUCACGCCGGCAGCCUCGGCAGCCCAGGACCACGUCUGGGGCAUUCACUAUUGACUCAGUUAUCUCGUAAGUCAAAUAUGACUUCUCUUGUAACUGACACGGGUUCUCACCUGCAGCCAGCGCCUGAGCUGCGCCAAGGCUCUGCCCGGAGGAAGGGGCCUGGCACCCGCUUUGCUGCAGUCCCCACUGUGCCCUGCCGUCUCCUGUCCGCCCAGACGCUCCCACUCACACCCCUUCAGGGCCCUGUGGGGCUCAGGCGUCGCUUCCCAGCCCCUUCUGCACUCAGUGGGCUCCCAGCUUGCUGCUGCCCCUUCCCAGAGCCUUUGCGUGGUCCUCCCUGCCGUGCCCCCUCCCCCGCCCCACCCCCAGCCUCAGGGAACAACCUGCUUCUCCACAGCACUGUCUGCCAUGCCCACGCUGCAUCAGGCCUCAAGAGCCCCAGCCAGGCGUUGGCCACGCCCACCAAGGCCACACCCCACGAAGCCACGCCCACACGGAAAUCUCACGCCGGCGAGGCCACGCCCGCAAACGCCACGCUCCUUAGACGGUCACGCUUCCCCAAACCACGCCCCCCGGCGACCACGCCCCCCUACCCGGGAAUCCGGGUCCGCAGCGCCCCCUCCCCCGCCAGCGGGGCCGGGGCGGGCUCCGCGUCAGCUGCACGGGCUCAGCCCGCCGCCGCCCGCGGCGCCGCCGCCGCCGCAGCGCCCGGGAAACUGCGCGGGGACCAGGUGUGGCCGCGAAGUUUUCUUCGGGAAAGUGAAUCAGACUGGGUGCGCCCCGACUCCUCGGCGGCUGCUCUCCCAGAGUCCCUGUGGGCAAGGAGCUCCCCUUCCUCGUCCCCCACCCCCAAGACAACACGCCCGACCCCAGGCCACAGCCCUCCCCUGGUACAAGGGAGAACCCGAACUUUGGCUGGUUUUGCUCACGAGCCCAUUUCCGCUUCCAGUGCCGGGAAAGGCGCGCGGCCCGGCGCGGGGCAGCUCGGGGCUCGGCGGGGGCGCCGGCGCUCCCGGACCCCGGGUUCUGCGCGGCGGCUCGGCGGCAGGUGCCUUGCUGGAGGCCGAGGGCUAGGAGCCCGCCGGGCAGGUGGCAGCCAUCCGGGCCUACAGGGCCCCAGACCGACCGCGAAGCCGGGGUGCGAGGUGCGGGGUCCUGCGCUCCCGGGCGGGCGCCCCGGCGGACACCCCGGCGGCCCCGCUUCUCCCCGAGCCGCGCGAUCCCACGGCCCUCCCGGGCGCACACUCACCAAUCUCCGGUCGAGUCGCGUCCAGGCGCGGCGGCCCGGGGCUGGGGGCUCCCCGACACCCCCAGCCCGGGCUGCCUCCUCCGAGACGCCGCGAUCGGCCGCGGGCUGGAGGCCCGGGAGUCUGGACGGAGGAGCGCACGGGGACCCGGCCGGGGCGGUGGGGAGCUCGGCCAGGACGCGCGGAGCGCAGCGGGAGGGGCCGCCGGGGCGCGGCGUCGCCCAGAGGCCUGGGCUCCGGGAGGUGCCGCCCACGGCCCGCCCUCCGGACCCGAGAGGCGAUAGCCGAAGGCCCGCCUACCGAACCCCAGAGGCGCCUCCCCCGACUCGCCCUCCGGACUCCCCCCCCCAUCACCGCCACGACCCCCACGCUCGGUGGGAGAAGCAGAUGCGAAUAAAGACGAGGCCCCGAACGCCGCCCCCUCCCGAGGGCUCUGGGGAGGGGGGUGGAGGGGGCGUCGAGUCUCCAGCCCGGAGUCUCAGACAUCGUGGGGUCCCCUGCACCCCUCCGCCGGGCGGGCGCACAGCACGGGGCGGUAGACUCACCUUUCCGCUUCGGUGGGGCGGCCGCCGCCUUCCUCCCGUCCCGGGCCGGGCUCGAGGUGUCGGGGCGCCCCCAGGCCGGUGCCCCGCGGGCCGGGCUGCGGCGGGGAAGCAGGAAGCCGUCGGGUCGGCGGGGCCCCGCGGGGCUCCCCACCCCCGCCCGGCCCGGCCCGGGUGGAGCGCGUUCCAGUUCCCGGGGCGCGCGCGCGGGCUCGGGGCGGCCGGCCGGGUCCCGCCGGAACGGGGCGCGGGGCGUCCUGGGCGCGGCCGCCAGCUCUCCCGGCCGGUCUCCAGCCGGCCUUCUGCCGCGGCCCCGGCUCGGCUCCCCGCGGCGGGCGGCGUGACCCCAGCGCCGGGUCGCCUCUCACCUGCGGCUCUGCCCGCCCCGCCUGGAGGUUUGGCGGCCCCAGGCCCGACGACCCCGGGCGGGCGGGACUGA